UGAAAAGAUUGGUUGAGUCAGAAGAGUAUGCCAGUUCAGCAAAAAGUUCACAAAGAUAUUUUCACAUUCCAACCCUAAAAAAUAGAAAGGUGAUUUUGGUAGUCUUCUCUGUCCAUUUCAUUUCUGGAUAUAUCUUAGAACAACAAUCAUCAAGAUUCACUAGUACUUUGAAUCGUGAUAAUGAGUCCCGGGGAAAGCCGUCCCUGUGAUUUCUGCAAUCAGCAGAUUGCCGUCCUUUACUGCCGAGCUGAUACAGCUAAGCUCUGUCUUUUUUGUGACCAACUUGUUCAUUCAGCUAACGCUCUUUCUAAGAAGCAUCUUCGUUCUCAGAUCUGUGAUAAUUGUGGCUCUGAACCUGUUUCUAUUCGUUGUGAUACCGACAAACUUGUACUCUGUCAAGAAUGUGAUUGGGAUGCUCAUGGAAGUUGUGCAGUUUCUGGUGCACACGAUCGGAGUCCUGUUGAAGGGUUUUCUGGAUGUCCUUCUGCUUCUGACCUUGCUUCAGCUUGGGGUUUGGAUAUUGAGUCAAAAAAACUACAUCAGCAGCAUACCGUUUUGGAGUAUCCUUCUUGGAUGUCUAAGGAUGCUCCUCCUUCUUCUGUUUUGUUGCAGGAUUUAAUGGUACCUAGCGCUAUUAAUUCUGCUAUUUACUCCACCAAACAAACUCCAACUUGUGGCAAGCAGAAACAAGUCAUAUUCAAACAAUUAAUUGAGCUAUUCAAGAGAGAUUUGGCUGAUGGGGUUGGAGCUGGAGCUGGAGCUGGAGCUGAAGAUUUGGUUCCAAAGACACCUAAUGCCACUAGUGAUUGGCAGGGAAAUAUUAAUGUUUCGAUCAUGGAUGGUGUCACUCAGAAGCCUCAGCAGCAACAGCCGCAAAAUGUGCCAUUUACCUCUUCGAUUAUGCCUCAUAAUCCGAAAGACAGUGACCAAAUGGUGGAACGGAAUAUUUUGUGGAGGGGGAAUUCAUUUGAUCAAAACACUCAGAUAUGGGAUUUUAAUCUGGGGCAGUUGAGGAGCCAUGAACAGUCUAGCUCAUUGGAAGCAGAUUACAGUGAGAGCGACAUGGCGUGCAUGAUGAAAAGCUAUGGUGAACUCAUAAAAGGAACAUCAUUAGCAACUUCAAAAGUAUUAGGACUCUCAGGCAUUAACUGCUCCGUUGUCCAUGAUGAUAUGACAGCCUUCAGUAAUAAUUCGAAUAACCGAGCAGCAAGCCAGGGGCCAGCGACAUCUGAGAGCAACAAUUUACCAAGAAUAAAGACUUCAUCUGACUUAGGUUGUGUAAAGCCGAAAUGCGGUGGAGUAUCUACAGAUCUCAACUUCAUGGACCAAAGCAUUGUUGUGGGAGGUGACAACACUGGUGAAGAAACAGUCAAGGCUGAUAUGGAGCUUCUGGCAAAGAACAGAGGAAAUGCAAUGCAACGUUAUAAGGAGAAGAAGAAAACACGAAGAUAUGAUAAGCACAUUCGAUAUGAAUCGAGGAAGGCCAGAGCCGAUACUAGAAAGCGAGUUAAGGGUCGAUUUGUGAAGGCUAAUGAAUCUCCAGAUGGCUGAGUACCUGUUGAAUGGCUGAGGAUAAGGAUCUUUUUGUCUCUGUGUGUAUAUAUUUCUUAGUCUACCUGAUAUUUGUAAACUUAGGUUUGCUUUGAUGCUAUCUGUGGCACCAAUUGUUAGUUAAUAUUCUAGUCACGCGUUUUGCUUCUGGUUAUAUAUUAAGUGCUUGCACAUACAACCUUGAUCAUCAAUUAGGUUUGUGGCUAGAUCCCUCACCGGGGAGCCAGCUUUUUGAGAUAAGUCUUGGAAGUGGAUAGUGUAGGUACAAUCAACUCACUCUCCCUCUGGCAAUACAUGUCACUUAGUGUCUUUUUUAGUGACAUACGUUCACUCUAUUGAGAUCCAAGUGAUCAAUUUCUUGCUGACUUUAGCUGCUAAUAAACACAGUUUAAAAUCCCUU